AUGCCGCCGCCACUGCUGCCGCCCGCCGAAGAAUCGGUGUUGGUGGCGUGGUCAUGUGCGGCGGCCGCUGGAACCCUAGCUUCACUGGGUGACCCUUCGUCGCUGCUACCGGUGAUGCCGCUGCCACUGCUGCCGCUCGCCGGAGGAUCAGUGGGUUCUAGGAAAGGUCGGGAAAGGUAUGCCCGGGACGGUGAUGAAUCUGUUCUGAGUCCCGAACCUGCUCUUAUCUGGUCCAAGAUGAGUACUGGGCUGCCUAUUGAAAUUUUUUCUUCAAUGAAAGGCCAUGCAUUUUCAUCGUUUUGCCGAUUAGACAUAGAUAUUCAUAGGAAUAUUCCUCACAUACAUGUACAUGAGAAAAGAGAGAAUCAUGAAAGGUGGCAUGGAGCUGAAAUUCAGAUUGUAAUCGAGGGAAACUGGACGACCUAUCGUUCCAAAAUAUUGCAUUACAUGCGUCAAAUGGCUGUCAUUACUCCAUAUGCACAAUUUCUAUUCAAGUUUCUGUCAGAGUCUCCAGACAAAAAUAUGAGCGUGAGGUUUGCUAGAAGGACAGAUAUAAUGCCGCCAGCUCCUCUUGAGACCAAGUACCUUCCUUCAGCAGUUGAUUUGCUUUUGAUAAAAAGACUUAUUGCUGAAACUUCAAAGCAGAAUCUUUUGCAGUUUCUUCAGCACGAAUUUGUGAACGUUGGGAAGUCCCAUGCUGAGCGUUUAAUUGGAGAAAUGGGUCCAGAUUUUACUCCCAAAAUGGCUGUGAAGUCUCUUACUUCUCAGCAAAUUGUUCGCAUCCAUCAGUUGUUCCGUCAAGCAAAGUUUGAUGAUCCCAGUGGUGAUUGUCUUAGUCCUGCUGGGGAAUAUAAUCUACGUUUAGGGAUCAUAAAGGAACUGCAUCCGGAUAUGGUUGCUACGUAUUCAGGAAGGUAG